AUGAAUUAGUGCAGAAUUAAACACCAUGAUUGUCAAAGAAUUAAAUACAUCUGCUUAGACAAACACUGUGAUCAGGAAUAAAAGAUAGGUUGUGCCGAUUGUUUUUUGGAAUUUCACGUACCAAAUGAUUUUGGCUCUCAUCAUAGAAGAUUAAUAUCAGAGUUCGAAGUUGAAUUGAAAGGUAAGAUAGAAAAAUUGGCAUCCGUGUCGAUUUAGCCAAUAUGCAAUAAUUCAGAGAAGGUAGAUCAAUAAUUUGAUAAUUGCAUGAAUAAUUUAAUUUAGAAAUUGACAGAUUACAAAGAAUAAAUUAAGUAAGAGAUAAACAAUGAAAAACUGGAUUUUUUAACUUAUGUUAAUGAAUUUAAUCAAAAAGUGGAUUAGAAGAUUGAUUUGUAAAAUACACAAAUAUCAUAAUUAUCAACUAUUGAAAUUAAUAAAUCCAUUUCCUUUUAUUAGAAUACUAAUCAUAUUAUUAAUGAUCUAAGAAAGGAUUAAUAAGAAUUAGAAAUGCAUAAAAAGAAAUUAAACUAAAAAAACUAAAAACUAGCUUAAAAACUAAGAAAUACUUUUGAAUAAAUCAUGAAAGAGUUUCAUGAUCAUAACAACAACAAUAAUCAUAAUAAUGAUACUUCAUCUACUCCUGAAAAAUAAAUCUGUCCCUCUUAAUUUAGUAGUACUACACAAUCAACCCCAACAAAGAAUAUUGUGGAUGUUGCUAGAUCAAAAAAACAAAAAAAAGGGAAGAAUUGA